AAAAAGCCAGAGAUAUUAGAGAGGAUUGAUUUAGUUUUUUUAUCUCAGUAAAAAUGGCGUGAUCUAAGUCACGGUGACAGCAACAAUUUCUAGUAUUAUGAAUAAAUUAAUUUAUAUAAUUAUUUUAAAUUAACAAUUGCUUUUAAAAUGCAUCAAGUAAAGCAUCGAAUAUGUAUGGUGUCAGAUUUUUUUUACCCCAACAUGGGAGGAGUAGAGGAGCAUAUAUUUAAUUUAUCACAAUGUUUACUUGGUCGUGGACACAAAGUUGUGGUGAUGACACAUUCCUAUGGAGAUCGAGUGGGUAUUCGCUACAUGACAAAUGGUCUAAAGGUCUACUAUUUGCCAAUAAAAGUAUUUUAUAAUCAGUGCGUUCUUCCAACAAUGAUAUGCUCACUUCCGUUGAUAAGAUAUAUAUUUAUUAGAGAAAAAAUUGAAAUAAUUCACGGGCAUUCGGCAUUUUCAGCUCUAGCACAUGAAGGAAUGCUGAUUGGAAGACUUCUGGGUUUAAAAACAGUAUUUACGGACCAUUCCCUGUUUGGUUUCGCUGAUACAUCAGCGGUCUUGACGAAUAAAUGCCUUCAGAUAUCAUUAGCAGACUGCAAUCAUUGCAUCUGCGUAUCGCAUACUGGGAAAGAGAACACUGUGCUACGUGCCAAAGUUCACAAAGACCGUGUGUCAGUGAUUCCUAACGCCGUGGACACGGCAUUGUUCACUCCAGACAUCAGCAAGAGGAAAAGUAACUGCAUCACAAUUGUCGUGGUGUCUCGGCUGGUUUAUCGCAAAGGUGUCGAUUUAUUAGCGCAGAUAAUUCCCAAGAUAUGCUCGCGGCAUCAAGACGUCCAGUUUUUAAUAGGCGGCGAUGGUCCUAAGCGCUGGCUUAUUGAAGAGAUAAGAGAACGCAAUUUACUCCAGCAUCGGGUUACUUUGCUAGGAAGUCUAGAACACUCCCAAGUGCGUCACGUUUUAAAUAAAGGUCACAUUUUUUUAAACACUAGUCUUACGGAGGCCUAUUGUAUGGCCAUUGUUGAGGCUGCUUCUUGCGGGUUGCAAGUCGUAUCAACCGAAGUCGGGGGCAUACCGGAAGUGUUACCGCCAGAAUUAAUUUAUCUAGUCGAGCCAAAGGUAGACGCUCUUGUAGAAGCUCUCGAGCAAGCGAUAGCUGACUACAAAAGCGGAAAUAUUAUCUGUCCUUAUCAAGUUCAUGAUAAAAUAGUAUCUAUUUAUAAUUGGUUCAAUAUUACCAAGAGAACGGAGAUUAUUUACGACUCAGUUCACCGGGAAGGUAAGAAGACCAUCGGCGAACAAUUAGCUAAUUAUUUAUCAAGUGGAGUCUUGCCGUAUUUGCUUAUGGUCUCGCUUUGCUACAUCGUACUGCAAAUAUUGGAAUACUUUGUGCCGAGGAAGUACAUUGAUGUAGCAAAUGAUUACAAUCAACCUGAGCAAAAUUCAAAAAGUAAGAAGAACAGAAGUACUUGAUGAUUACUAAUGUAUUUUAUAGUGAAAAAUUAUAGAUAAUUGUACAUUAUUAAUUAUUAAUUACUAGUAAAUAAUUCGCGGAUCGAUGAAUAAUUUAUAAUCAUGCGUCUUAAUUAAUAAUUUAAUUGUAAAUUUUUUUAAUCACGAAAAUCAAUUGUAUAAAUAAUAUUGGCGCCAUUGAUUAAUUAAUUAAUUUACAAAAAAUAUAUGAGAAAACCGAAAUAAAAUAUAGACUAAUUAAUAGAUAUGUAAAGAAGUAAGACUUUGUAAUAGUUUAUUAACAUACGAUGAAUUUUAUACGUAAAAGUAAGACAAUACUUUUAUUUAUUAAAAGAUUUAUCUAAUUGACGUAG